CUUAACCUUGUUAAAUUAAGACUUGAUUAAUUCUCUAAUCUAAUGGCGGUUGAUGCUCUGUGUUCACCGUUGGGACCGCCGGCAUGUGAGAAAGAUGCGAAAGCGCUUCAAUUCAUCGAGGAGAUGACAAGAAACGCCGACGCCGUUCAGGAGAAUGUGCUGGCGGAGAUACUUUGUCGGAAUUCUCAGACGGAGUAUCUCCGACUUCACAAUCUCGGUGGCGCUACCGAUCGAGAAACUUUCAAGUCCAAGAUUCCGAUGGUAACUUAUGAAGAUCUUCAACCGAUCAUCGAACGCAUCGCCAAUGGCGAUCGAUCUCCAAUUCUAUCUUCUCAUCCGAUUUCUGAAUUCCUGACUAGCUCUGGUACCUCCGCUGGUGAACGAAAACUGAUGCCGACGAUUCGAGAAGAGUUGGAUAGACGUCAACUACUUUACAGUCUUCUAAUGCCUGUCAUGAACCUGUACAUGCCUGGUUUAGAUAAGGGAAAGGGACUCUACUUUUUGUUUGUCAAGUCCGAAACAAAGACUCCUGGUGGGUUAUUGGCCAGACCCGUUUUAACCAGCUACUACAAAAGCGACCAUUUCAAGACCCGAUCUUUUGACCCGUAUAACGUCUACACCAGCCCCAACGAAGCUAUUCUUUGCCCCGACUCCUUUCAGAGCAUGUACUCACAGAUGUUGUGCGGCCUUUACGAGCGUCAACAAGUCCUCCGCCUUGGUGCCAUCUUCGCCUCCGGUCUCCUCCGUGCCAUCCGCUUUCUCCAGCUCAAUUGGCGGGUACUCGCCCAUGAUAUCCGAACUGGAACACUCAACGCCAAAAUUUUCGAUUCCGAUAUCCGGCGAUGCAUGACACAGGUGUUAAGAUCUGACCCGGAACUCGCCGAUUUUAUCGAAUCCGAAUGCUCCAAAGACAACUGGGAAAGAAUUAUUACGCGAAUUUGGCCCAACACCAAGUAUUUAGAGGUGAUCGUUACCGGCGCCAUGGCUCAAUACAUUCCGACGCUCGAUUAUUACAGCGGCGGGUUACCCAAAGUUUGCACCAUGUAUGCUUCAUCCGAGUGUUAUUUCGGACUCAAUCUGAACCCCAUGUGUAAACCGUCGGAAGUUUCAUACACCAUCAUGCCAAACAUGGCGUACUUCGAGUUCCUCCCACACGACCCAAAUUCUCAAAGUGGCGCCACCGGUGACAAACUGGUGGAUCUUGUAAACGUACAAGUCGGAAAAGAAUACGAACUGGUGAUCACCACUUACGCCGGUCUAUGCCGGUACCGUGUCGGCGACAUCCUCCGAGUCACCGGAUUCCACAACUCCGCUCCACAGUUCCAUUUCGUGAGACGAAAAAACGUAUUGCUGAGCAUCGACUCCGAUAAAACCGACGAGGCGGAGUUACAGACCGCCGUCGACAAUGCAUCAAAAUUGUUGAACGAAUUCAACACGAGCGUGGUGGAAUACACAAGUUACGCAGAUACGAAAACAAUCCCAGGUCAUUACGUGAUAUACUGGGAAUUAUUAGUCAAAGAUUCAGCCAAUUUUCCAAGAGACGAUGUGCUGGAAGGGUGCUGUUUAGCCAUGGAAGAAUCGAUGAACUCCGUGUACCGACAGGGUCGGGUUGAAUGCAAUUCAAUCGGGGCGUUGGAGAUCCGAGUAGUGAAAAACGGUACGUUUGAGGAAUUGAUGGAUUAUGCGAUCUCGAGAGGGGCAUCAAUCAACCAGUACAAGGUGCCACGGUGCGUAAACUUUACACCAAUCAUGGAACUGCUUGACUCCAGAGUGGUAUCAUCGCAUUUCAGUCAAAGCCUGCCUCAUUGGACUCCCGAACGACGUCGUUGAACAGGUGAUUGUUUAGUUGUCACACCAGAGCCAAACCGACCAUUAAAGUCAAAUGUAAGAAAGAUUCGUUUAUUUAGGAUUUUUUUUUUUUUUUUUUUUUUUUGUGUGGGUGAUUUAACCAAAAUCACUUAUGGGUAUAGUUUAGAUGAAGGAAAAAAAACCGGGUUUUUUUUCCUAUGUUUUCUCAUAAACAAGAACCUGUAUGUAUGCUUGUGGUUUUAUUUCCCAAAUGUUUUUCUUGAGAAAUCAAAACUCUUAAUUUGUUUUAUC